CUUGAAAACGGUUCCUAGCUUCAAAUAAUGCUUUGCCACACAUCAUCCAGAGGUCCAUCACCAAGCCACACAUUGCUGCCAUGGCUCAUGUUAACAGUUACCUUUCUAUUCUGCUGCUAUUCCUUCCUGAGGGGUUCUCUCAGCUGGUGAGAACACAGCAUGUUGUCACAGCAACCCUGGGAGAGGAUGCUCACCUCAGCUGCAGGCUCAUGAAACCCAAAGAUGUGCUUCAAGUCACCUGGCAGAAAGUGACAUCAGGGGCGACUGAAAAUGUGGCCACCUACAACAAACGAUUUGGACCAGUAGUCAACCCAUCUUUUCAGAGGAAUGUGGAGUUUGAAGACAAGGGUCUGCAGGACUGCUCUAUCGUCAUCAGAGGAGUGUCAAGAGGAGACGAGUCCUGCUACAAGUGUCUGUUUAACGCCUAUCCAGAUGGAGCUAUCAGUGGCAGGACCUGCCUCCAUAUUAAUGAGCUGUAUGGACCCUCACUCGUCAUCACACAAACCAACAACAGUCACACCACUCUGUCCUGUUCUGCUACGGGACGACCUGCUCCUACAGUAACCUGGGACCACAUAGAAAACAUCAGUCUAGACAAAUCCACCAUGGCUGAAGUCACCCAUCCCAAUGAAACAGUCACUGUCACCAUAACUGCCAUGGUGGCAUCGUCCAAUCUACCUGACAAAGACACCAGGGUUAGGUGUGUAGCGUCAUCCGGUGGUGCCGUCAAGGACUUUUCCAUGGUGAUUCCAACUAGGGAUCAAGCUUCCUUUGCAGGCCAAUCUCAGGUCUCUGAUGAUGACAGGAUCAGUGGUGCAGUGAUGGGUUCCGUAAUGGGUUCAAUGUGUCUCAUUGCUGUAUUCUGUGUAAUAUGGCUGCAAAAGAGGAGAAAAGACACCUCAUCCAGAAAACCCCCAGUUCCUGACCCUGAAAUUAGCACUCCCUUAAAGACACCACCAACAUCCAAACAUGUCACACCAACCUCCAGGCCAUCACAAAUGUCACAGGUCACAGGUCACACCAGCUCAACAAUCAAGCGUAGGAUGACUAAGAAAUUAUCUCCUGCGAGACCAGAUGACCUGCAAUGUAGAAGGAAACUUUUAGAGGGUGAAGAGAACUGAGUGACUACUAUACUGCCUUGGACACAUCUGUGUGGUUCGGAGACCGUUUCUAUCCAUAGGCAUUGUGGGUACUGAAUAGUGGACUGAAUGGCUGACACACAUAGGCCUGCUGUUUAUUGUACAUGUAAAUACAGUAUGUAAGUAUAUUUUGUAGUUGGUUAAUGAUGAAACAUGAUAAAUCCACACUAGACUUGUUUGUGGUUUUAUUCUUCACUUUUUUAUAAAUCAAGUGUUGUGAUAAUAUAGUCUACACAAUGUCAUAAUGUAGACUACUUUCAUGGUGUGUGUGUUUUUGUGUGUGUAUUGUUUUCUUUCUUCACUUUUUAUAAAUCAAAUGCUGUAAUAUUCUCAAUGUUGUGAUGUCCUUUGUUGUGUGUUUGUUUUCUACUUUUCUUAAUAAAAUAUUUAAACAAUA